AUGUCAACUGAAAGCACAAGAAAAUUGUUCCAAUUUAAACAAAGACCAAAAUUUUUCAGUAAGUUCAAGUCAACCAAAGUGUCUGAUAUAUCAGAGGAAUCAUUUCAAAAUGAAAGCAGCAUUUAUCUGAAAGAUGAAACUUCUCGAAAAGAAUUCAAAAAGGAAAGUGACAGCGAUUCGAAAGCGAGCAAAAGUUCAAAAAGUACAACGCUGACCGCUGCAUCAAGCAUUGAGAGCGACUUGAAAUCAGUUAAUCCAAAUGAACAAAUUGAUGGCAGCGCAGUAAAUUACAUUGAAACGAUGUCCACCAACACGGUGUCCACGAUAGAAGCAACUAACAAGCGUCCAACUUUACAGAGGUUGUUUUGGAAAAGUUUAGUGAAGAAGCACAAGAAGACAAUACUGGGCAAACUGAGAGAACAAGAUCUCAUCUUAUCUAUGGAUAGCACUGAUCAAUAUGCGAAACGUUCAGAAUACAAAUCAGGAGAAGAAGGCAGUGAUCGCCACAGAGAAGAGAGCUAUGAGGAUUUCAAACAUGGAAAGAAGAAUGACAAAGAUCGCCGCGUAAUGUUGGAUGCUGACUUUUCUAGGUCAGGGGAUACAUACAUCAGAUCGGCCAUUCCCUACCUGCCAAAAAAAGUAGCUGUCAUAUGUCUUAUUCUCAACCUCAUCAUACCUGGCUCAGGAACCAUAUUCAGCGGCUUGCUGGUUCUUAUUUGUGGACAGCCUCGUAUGGGUUCGAAGGACGGCAUAUACGCUUCCACGCUGUGUGUGAACGUUGCAGUAGGAUCCAUGCAGCUCCUCACUGUCCCUUUCUUUUUUGUUGGAUGGAUCUGGAGUCUUGUUUGGGGAAUAUAUAUCAUUUUACUCGCUGAUUUAAAAUUUACGUUCUUACCAGAUAAGCCAAUGAUUAAAUUUUUAAAUUACUGGAAAAUACACAAUUUUUUCAAUUUGAACGUAGAGGAAAAACAAAAAAUCGAAAAGGAACAAUAUGAAAACCAACUGAGAGCCAAAGCUUUGAGCGCGUUUGAUCCCAAAUUCAGAAUGUGGACAGCGCCAUUUCCGCGCUUCCCAAGGAAUUUUGCAAACAGAUGGAUCUUGAGAUCUGCUCUAAACUUUGUAAGUGAUGGAGAAGUAGUAGCCAGUGCAAGAGAACAAGAUAAUGAGAUAUAUGAGACAAGAAAUGGGCACGAGCAACUAGACGAGCAGCAGAGUUAA